AAUUUUUUUCAGAUUUAAAUGGCGUAGCCUGAAGUACGGUUGUUUGUUGAAGUCUGGUACUUUAUUAGGGAUUAUCCCAUUGUAAUUGUGACCACAUUUAAUUGUAUAGAAUGUGUGCUUGAAAGCUUUCUAUACGAUGCCUACAUAAGGCAACGAUUGCCUAUUUAGAAAUAAACAUCUGCGAAGAUGACUGUAGUCUCAGCUUAUAUUGAACUAGUUUCGACGAAUAGGUGAUAAACUAUGGAAGAUUAUGACGACUCUGAGCCAGAUAUUCAUGAGCAAACCUUCCACAACACCAUACGGGAACAUAUCAUAUUCCUGUUGCUGUUUCUGCUCCUCUAUCUGUUCUCGUUCGCGGUGUUGGGUCGGUUCCGGCGCCGAGGCCUGGAUGACUACUACAGCCUCCAAGACGAAGAUGAAGUGCUGGUGUACCGUAUCAGCGGAUGGCUGUGCGCCGCGUCUCUGGCGGUUGCUAUCGGGGCCGUGCUGUUACUGCCGGUUAGCAUUGCUGCCAACGAGGUGCUCGUCAGCUACCCGCACAGCUUCUAUGUCAAAUGGCUCAAUCACUCACUCAUACAAGGUCUAUGGAACUACGUCUUCUUAUUCUCCAACUUAUCACUGUUCGUGUUCCUGCCUUUCGCAUACCUAUUCACGGAAUCAGAAGGAUGCUGGGGGUGGGGCAGGAAAAGACUCACUUCUAGGAUUUACGAGACUGUGGUCGUACUGUUGCUCCUCAGUGUCGCAGUACUCGGUACCACCUACGUCAUGUCGGCGCUCAUCGACCCGGAUAAUUCUGACAUUCAAACCAUUCUUAAUCUUUGGACAUAUUACCUGCCAUUUUUGUAUUCAUGUAUCUCGUUUUUUGGCGUUGUGAUACUAUUAGUGUGUACUCCAUUGGGUUUUGUCCGCCUUUUUGAUGUCGUGGGCGAGUUUCUGGUGCAGCCGCGAUUUUUGCGGGAUCUUGACGAAGAGUACGAUGCCUGCGCGAUGGAAGAAGAGUGGCUACGCAGGCAGUUGAGGAAGGCACAGUUGCAGGGCGAAGAUGUUGAGGAAUGUCUUGGAGGAGGAAGAAAAACGGCCGAGGAGGCUGGCGAUGAAGGAGAUGAGCGAUUCGAGAUGAAGGCGACCGUCAUUGGAAGGAAGCUUAUGCAAGUCGAGACUAGGAGGAAACUUCUUGACAAGCAGAGACGAACAUCUCCUUUGCAGAGGAAUGUGAUAUACCCUCUAGCUGUAUUAGUAUUGCUUGGACUAACUAUGAUUGCAGUACUUAUGGUCAUACAGAAUACAUUGUCUUUCCUUAUUGGUAUCAAGGCAUUGCCUAGUAGUUCUAAGCAAUUCACCUUGGGCGUGAGCUCCCUAUCUCGUCUAGGUCCCUGGGGCGCAUGCCUGGAAAUCGUGUUGAUCGUCUACCUAAUCGUUACCUCUUCGAUCGGACUGUACACCGCUCCAUGCGCAAGAAGGUUUAGGCCAAAGAAAAGGGCCACACCAUUCACCCUACUAAUCGCCAACUGUGCUCUAUUGCUCGUUGUCAGUUCUGCACUGCCACUGCUCGCCAAGAUACUCGGUAUUACAAACUUUGAUUUGUUGGGAGACUUCGGCAGUAUCGAAUGGUUGGGCAACUUCAAACUGGUACUUCUUUACAAUCUCUCCUUCGCCACGGCUGCUACAGCAUGCGUUUUCAACAAGUUCACUGCGAAAGUACGUAGGGAACUGUAUGCUAGGCUGGUGGAAAAUUAUCUAUUUCUUACAAACUGCGUCUCAUUUAUCAAUUAAAUUUCAUGAAAAUAUAAAUACUGCUGUAAUUGUGGUACAUAAUACACUUGCUAAUACUGGGUGUCCCAAUCGUACGAAGACGGAGUAUUACUCAUAUAAACAAAAACUUUUUAAAGAAAACUAUUUAAUGGGUUAUUAGAUCACUUCAAAAAUCUACAAAUAUUACCACUUCCAUCAAUUUAUAUUUUCGAAGUUCUAUGCUAUGUGCGCAGAAACUUAAACAAAUAUCAAACCUCUGCAGAAAUACACACCCAUUCACUGCGUAACUUUAAUUACCUUAGAAACUCAUACUUGCGUCUGAAUAUGACUAAAAAUAAUAGUCCUAACGUUAAAUUAUACAAUUUAGUCGACAAUCCGAAUAAAUAACAUAUUUUUGAAAAUACGUCUGAAGGUUUGCUAAAAAAAAUUGCUCAAUCACUGUUUUUAUUCAGUUGAUGAGUACGUGGAUGCUAUGGCGUCACUCGGAUAUAUAAUGAAGAAGUUUGUAAGAACGCACAUGCACAUUGUAUAUACGAGUAUAUACAUAAUGCGGUUAAUAAAUGGUAUGGUAUGGUAUAUAUGAUAUUUAGGGGCACAUUUUGAAACCAUUGCUGUCACACAUAUCAAAGUUAAUUUCUUUUAAAUGGAAUUCCUUACUGUUUAUCAUUUAUUCGGAUAGACCCUUUUAAAAGAAACAUAUUUAUAUAACCUGCAUAUCUGCUGUCUUGAGAGGCAGAGAAGUGAAUUUUGUGUCACAAAAUUUUUACUGUACUCACUUUUAACCUGAUUCAUCCGUUUUUUUUUAUUUUUCGAACAAUCUACACAAAAUAUAAUUUUGUUCAUAAAAAAAUGGAACACCUUGUGUAUUUUAACAUUUUUACAUUCCACUUUUUCCCCUAAUAUAAAGGUCAAGGGGUCUUGAAUGACCAGUUUUUCAGUUAAAUCAUCAUUGAUUCAAAUACUUUUAGAAUUCAAAGUAUUGUUUCUGUCAAACUUUAACAUAUAUAUAUAAAAUAUAACACAUUCCAUGUUUAUUAUGAAAUCCAUCUUUCAGUAUUCAGUUUCAUCACAUAAACAUGGACUGGCUUUAACUUCAUGGAAAACGUUUAGUUUUAAUUUUGCUAAAUCUGCUAUUACUCUUUUGUUUUCAUGGAUAAUACACUUUUUGUCCGUAAUGUACAAUUUACGAACAGUUUUAAAUAACUCAAAAGCUUCAUACAUGAUGACAAUUGAGCUUGAUAUCAGGGAAAAUCUUGUUUAAAUUGGAAUGAAAGAUGUGCAAAUAUACAGGGUGUUUAAUUUAACUUUUACUCUAUAGUGAGUAUUUAAAAUAUUAAAAAAUGGAUAUAUUAAUUAGGGUAAAAUUGAGAAUAAUGAUAAAAUCCUGACACAAAACUCACUACAUCAUCUGUCCACAUGACAGAUAUGCAGGCUGUCAAGCCUUUGGUAUUUUUCUAUAUAGAAUACCCAAUAGCUCAAGAACUUAUAAUCAAAACCUCCUAAGUAUGUUACAUCAAUCAUCUUUUUUGAGGAGGACCUAUCUGAAUAUAUAAUCAAAAUUAGGGCAUUCCGCUUAAAAAAUCAACUUUGUAUGUUGGUCAAAAUUAUAAAUAGUUCUUUAGCAGUUACUCCGUCCUUGCACGCUUGGGACACCCUGUUUAUAUUGUAUCCAACAGGAGAAAUUAUUCGACAACGCCUUGCCAAGAAAAUGGAUCGCGGAAUUUUUAGGCUUUGGCGAAAGUUCUCUGUCAGAGUUUUUUCGAUUCCAGUUUAAAGUUUUAAACGUGUCGAACUUCAGCUUGUAAGCUUGUAUAAGUGGAAAUAAUGUUCUUUCGCCGUAUUUUUAUAUAUACCAUAUUGAGUUUAUUCUUCUGUGCUAUACAAAAAUUUCCUGUCAUAAUGGAAUAACGCUUACAAAACAUCAGGCAUUCAUAUUUCCACAACAUACCUGGAAUAUUUAGAAUUUAGGAUUGUCCGUGAUAUAAUCACAGUUUUUUUAACAACCAUUUUAUGAUUUAUUUUAGAGGAUAAUUCACCAGAAUGCAAUCGGAUAUUAAUUUUUCAGAAAAUCAUCUGUUUAAUUGAUUUUGGCCGGAUACUUUAACUCAUACAAGUUUACAUGAUUUUUUAUACGUUUUGUUACUACGUCAAUUCGUAUAAGACACCUUUAUCUAAUUUUUAUUAUUUGCAUAAAAUAUUUCUAUUUUAACAGGGUGUAUAUAGAAUUAUCGUGUCUAUAUUAAAGGCCAGUUAUUGAGUCUGACCUUACUGUUCGAAAGCUAAAGACUAUUUUCUAAGUUUACCAAAAGAGACAUAGUAUAAAAUGAUAAUGGCACCAUUUAGUAUUGCACAGCUGUGAAAUGCAAGACUGCGAUGAGCGUAUUAAUGUGAUAUAUUUCAUACAUUGUAUUAUAUAAUAAUGUAUAACAGGUACCUAUUUAUUUUAAUUAGAGCACCUCAAGACCUCACCUAUCUUCGUACGUAUGUUAAGAUUUUUUGGCUCAUCUUUUGUAAAUAUUAAGCGAUUUAAUUUUUUAAUGGUCACAAUUAGUUGUCUUUUAUUAUUCAUGUAGUCUAUUAUAUUUUUUUGUUGUCCACGUGAAAGUAUGAUAAACCAUGUAGGUUAAAGACUGAGC